CUGGAUUCCGAGGUACGUAGCUGCUUUGGAUUCGCGGAUUCGGGAAUCCCACAGGGUGAUGGCGAGAGGUUGGGAAUAGCGGAUUCUGGGGUUGUGGAAUGUGAUGAGUUGGGAUUUGGAUGGAUUGGGUUUGAUCCGCCACCUUCUCAUCCAGGACUCCAAGGUGCGGCUGCAGUCUUGGAGCUUCCUGAUAGCGAUGGGGGCGAUUCGACCUCUGACACCAGCCACUGUUACCAUUGGUCCAUUCAUUCAAAUGAAACCACCAAGGAUUUACCAAAAGAUUUGAAAUUAUUUCUGGAUGAAGCAAAAGAAGGAGUAAUUUAUUUUAGUUUGGGUUCCAACGUCAAAAGCAAAGAUAUUCCGGAGGAAACGCGCGACAUAAUUAUGAAAACCUUCGCCAAACUUCCUUACAAAAUCCUGUGGAAAUUUGAAGCUGAAAAUCUACCUGGAAAACCAGACAACGUGAAAAUCGUCAAGUGGAUUCCACAACAAGAUGUCUUAAGCCACAAAAACAUCAAAUUGUUUAUCAGCCAAUGCGGAUUGCAAUCGUUAGAAGAGAGCCUAUACAAUUAUGUGCCUGUUCUUGGGUUGCCGUUCUUUGGUGAUCAAUCAAGUAAUGCCUUCAAACUAGAAUCAAAUGGAUUAGGGUUAUUCUUAGAAUACAAAGAAUUACGGUCGAGAAAUUUACAUUUAGUAUCAACGAGAUGAUCAGUAAUCCCAAGUACAAAAAUAGAGUUAUGGAGAUGACAAAUUUAAUUAAAGAUCAACCAAUGUCCGGUUUGGAUAAAGCUGUUUGGUGGACAGAGUACGUCCUGAGGAACAAAGGGGCACAGCACUUGAAAGGUCCUGCUACAAAUAUCCCCACAUAUCAGUAUUACUACUUGGACAUAAUUUCUUUCUUCAUAUUUAUAAUAUUACUAAUAAUAUUGUUAAGUUAUUUUGUCAUCAAGAAAUGUUUCAAAUUAGUCUCAAAAAAGAUUAAGCGUGAUUAAUAUAUUUUCC